GCUGGUUAGGAGAGGGAGAGAGAGAGAGAGAGAGGGUGGGGGGGCAGUCUAGCAGGGUCUUGUUUGUGUAACUGCUAGUUCAGUACCGUUAGCUGCUGUCUGCUUUACUGUACUGAGGGCUUUGGCCAUGCUGUUAGCUUUGCCUAGACUCGCUGUGUGUGUGUCUGCAGUGCUGUUUCAUGCUGUUUUAGAAGGGGCAAGUACAGACACGGUCCUUGAUCCAGGGUUCCUCCGUUGUCAAGAGUGCUUUUUCAAAGGCACACCACCACAAUCACUGUCUGAACUGGGUUUGGAGCAGAGGUGUCACAGACAUCUGACCGGACGACCUUUUGCAUCACUCUAUAACACUAACUGCCAGACCGCCGUUUAUACAGCCCUUCACCUCAGCCUGACUAAUGGAUGGGGCAGAGGAGAGCUCAGUAAGCAGGAUAUCGAAGAAGAGAUCAAUGAAGGUUCCCCAGUGGCCAUCCCAGCUCUUUACACAGGAAUCACAGAUGAAAGAUCAUACUCCCCUCUCCUGGAGUGGGACGCUCUGACAGCGGGGCUAAUACGUAGCUCGGCCAUACCGAUGUGUUCUAAGACAAGUGGGGAAAUUUAUGUGCAGAGUGGUGUUGUAGGGUUUAGUGAGUGUGGGGGGAAAGUGUUAUGGUCAGCAGUUUGUUGUGCUGGUUCUGAUGGGCAUGACAGUUUCAGUAUUGGGCUAGCGAAGGAGGAGGAGUUGAGGGUGGUGAGUGUUGAAGUGUUAGAGGAGUUGAUAGGAGUUAAAGGGCUGUUUUCAGGAGGCUGUGGUGAAAUAGGAGGCCAGAGAGAAGAGGAGAUUAUGUUGCUCUUGAAAAAACACAGCUCAGAUGGACAGAGUGAGAAGCACAACAGUCAGGAAGAAGGUACAUCAGACUACGGAAAUGAGGAAAUUACAUCACAGCAUGUCAACGGUGAAGCCCAAAGCUACACGUCUUCCUUGAAGUCAGAGAUGGACCUUCAGGAGAGCACCAAUGACACUGAGAAUUCAGAGUCUGGAAGUGCCCUGCUCUACAUUUUGUCUUCCACCAUCUCUCUUCUGUACACCCCUUUCUCUCCCAUCGUAAUCACGGUCACUAACCUUCCCUCCGACCUCACAUAUGUUCUACAGGAAGAGCUGGGUGUUCUAGCCUCUGUGCCUGGAGACAGUUUCACUUUGGUCAACAACUUGGGCUCAGGAGUGUCAUCUGGGGUUUUGUGUGUUUUAAACUCUCUGUAUCUGACUGGGGAACUGAGUGUGUGCACUCUCUACUCCUGUCUCAGUCUGUUAGCCAGCAGUCUGCUCCUGGCAUUCCAGGAUGGAAUUGUAGGCACAGGCACACUGGCAUGUGAUACCCUUGGUAUUUUGAUGGGCACAGUGGGCAAUGGUUUAGGGUUCGGCAAGAUGGUGCUUGGGUCUGUCUGGGAUCAGAUGGUGGAUUACCUGUGUGCAUUGAGCUCAGAAAUGGGCCAGCAGGUGUCAUCAGUGGGUUGUGGGAUAGGAACACUUACCUGGAGAAGUGGAAGAGGGGUGGGCCACCUUUUCAACAUGGUUAUGGCCAUCGUUGGGGGGGUGGUGGAGAAUACACUAGCAAAUGUGCUGGAAGCUUUUGGAGGGAGUUUGGGGGAAUCAUCUGAAUUGCAAACACUUGAAGUGCAGCCAUCUGAAGUGGCUGGUGAAUAGAUGUAAAUGUGUGUAUGUGCCUGUUACUUUAUUAACAUAUUAGUAUACUACAAAUAGUGUCUUGCUGACCGUACACCAAAUAAUAACCAUAUGGCAUGUGGAUAUGACUCGUGACAUCAUGAAACUACUGUUUUAACAUUAUGCCUUAAAACAGACAGGUGGACCUACAUCCAACCUUAACAUUUUGUUAAAGGGAUAGUUUACCCAAAAUUUAAAUUAUUCACUAUAAUGCCAACCCAGAUGUGUAGGACGUUCUUUCUUCUGCUGAACACAAUGAUUUUUAGAAGAAUGUUUCAGUUCUGUAGAUCCACACAAUGCAAGUGAAUUGUGUCCAGACCUUUUAACCUCUAAAAAUAACACGAAGGCAGCAUAAAAGUAAUCCAUAAGACUCCAGGGGUUAAAUCCAUAUCUUCAGAAGCAAUAUGAUAGGUGUGGGUGAGAAACAGAUCAAUAUUUAAAUCCUUUUUACUAUAAAUUUCCAUUUUCAGAAGGAGAUUUAUAGUUAAAAAAAGGACUUUAUCUGUUUCUUACCCACACCUAUCAUAUCACUUCUGAAGACAGAUUUCACUUGCAUUGUGUGGCCCUAGAGAACUGAAAUAUUCUUCUAAAACUCUUUGUUUGUGUUCAGCACAAGAGAGACAUUCACAUCUAGGAUGGCAUGAGGGUGAGUAAAUGAUGAGAGCAUUUUCAUUUUUGGGUGAACUAACCCUUUAAGGUUAUGUUUUUGAGCUGCGAUGUACUGAGCAGACUAUAGGUCUGAUUUGGAGAUGGAAGGUGCAAGGCGAUUUGUAAGUUUCAAGCUGUUUUAAUUUUCAUGUCAAGUCUAAAAAAGAUGUUGAAAUGUGUAUGUAAUUUAAACAGACAUGCAAUGGCCUUGCUGUGUCAUGGUUUAUAUGCUGCAAUAAAGCUUCCU